AUGUCUUCUUGCGUGAAGCUGACACCAGAUCAGAGCCCCUCACCAGGUCCCUCUGACCCCCCUCCCCCCAACCACCUCCUCAUCCCCUUAUCCUCCUCUUUAUCCCCUCCUCUGGCUCCACAUCCCCUCCUCUCGCUGAGGGGCCAGGGUCUGAAGAACACCAACGUGACGGAGGGUGAGUCGGUGACGCUGGAGUGUCAAAUUAGCGGAAACCCCGCUCCCAGCAUCAUGUGGUUCAGAGAGGACUACAAGAUCGAGAGUAGCAUCGACUUCCACAUCUCCUACGAGAGUACCGUUGCUCAGCUGGUGAUCCGUGAGGCCUUCGCCGAGGACAGCGGGCGCUUCACCUGCACCGCCACGAGCGAGGCGGGCACCGUCAGCACCUCCUGCUACCUGCUGGUCCAGGUGUCCGAGGACAUCGAGAGCAGAGAGGAGGUGGCUGCAGAAUCUGCAGAGAAACCAGAAAGAGAAGAGGCUCCAGAGGAGACGGAGUCUCAGGUGAGCGAAGCCAACGUCCCGGACGCCGCCCCCGUCUUCUUCCGGAAACCCAGCAUUCAGAAGCUGGAGGAGGGGGGCAGCGUGGUGUUCGACUGCAAGGUGGGGGGGAGCCCCAAACCUCACGUCAUCUGGAAGAAGGGCGGCGUCCCGCUCACUACCGGAUACAGAUAUAAAGUUACCUAUAAGAAGGAGACCGGCGAAUGUAAGCUGGAGAUCUCCAUGACCUUUGCCGAUGACGCCGGAGAAUACUCGGUGUUCGCCAAGAACCAGUUGGGAGAAGUUUCUGCCUCUGCAGACCUGCUGGAGGAAGAGGAAUACGAAGCCCUGAUGAAGAAACAGGAAGCCACCUUUAAGACUGAAGUGACAGCCAUGGUGCAGGAGCCCACCGCCAGGGCGACCCCCAUGGAGCAGACCUCAACCAUUAUAACCGGACAGGACUUCCAUCUGUCUGCCAUCGAGCAGAGGAUCAUCCACGAGUACGAGCUUGUCAUCAUGAAGUUUACCUACAGAGAGAUCGUGACGGAGGACGGAGAAUUGAUCGUGACCUCUGACCCCAACGAGGCCGUGCAGCCCAUCUUCGACACCCCCGUCAAAAACUACAGGAUCUUGGAGGGUAUGGGGGUCACCUUCCACUGCAAGAGCAGCGGGAUGCCCCUCCCCAAGAUUGCCUGGUUCAAAGACGGCCAGCGCAUCAGAUCAGGUGACCGAUACCAGAUGGAGGUUCUCCAGGACGGACGAGCCAGCCUACGCCUCCCUGUGGUGCAGCCGGAGGACGAGGGCGUCUACACCGCCUUCGCCAGCAACAUCAAGGGGAACUCCGUCAGCUCCGGGAAGCUCUACGUCGAGUCCGGAGCUGGAGCUCCUCAAAGAUACACACCACAACCUGCCAUGCAAAGAAUCAGAUCCUCGUCUCCUCGCUCUAUGAGUCGGUCUCCUGGACGUUCCUCCAGCCGUUCUCCCGGACGCUCUCCGGCCCGCCGGCUGGACGAGACGGACGAGGCUCAGCUGGAGAGACUCUACAAACCCGUGUUCGUCAUGAAGCCCGCCUCAUGUAAAUGCUCUGAGGGCCAGACGGCACGCUUCGACCUGAAGGUGGUCGGCAGACCGAUGCCCGAAACAUACUGGUUCCACAACGGACAACAAGUGGUUAGCGACUACACUCACAAGAUCGUGGUUAAAGAGGACGGGACCCAGUCCCUGAUCAUCGUCCCUGCCAUGCCUCACGACUCUGGAGAGUGGACCGUGGUGGCACAGAACCGGGCCGGACGCUCCAACAUCUCCGUCACGCUCACCGUGGACGCCAAAGAGACGCUGUUGCGACCCCAGUUCACAGAGAAGCUGAAGAACCUGAGUGUGAAGCAGGGCACUCUGGUGGAGCUGGCUGUCAGAGCCAUCGGAAACCCGCUGCCCGACAUCGUCUGGCUGAAGAACAGCGACAUCAUCUCCCCACACAAGCACCCCAACAUCAGGGUGGAGGGAACCAAAGGAGAGGCCAAGUUUCAGAUCCCGUCGGCCGCCGGUGCAGACAGCGCCUGGUACACGGCCACAGCCAUCAACAAGGCUGGCAGAGACACCACCCGCUGCAGGGUCAACGUGGAGGUGGACCAAGUGGAGCCCGAACCAGAGAGGAAGCUUGUUAUUCCCAAAGGAACCUACAAAGCUAAGGAUAUCGCAGCGCCGGAACUGGAGCCCCUGCACCAGCGUUACGGCCAGGACCAGUGGGAGGAGGGUGACCUGUACGACAAAGAGAAGCAGCAGAAGCCUCAGUUCAAGAAGAAGCUGACCUCCAUCAGGAUGAAGCGCUUUGGCCCGGCUCACUUCGAGUGCCGGCUGACGCCCAUCGGAGACCCCACCAUGGUGGUGGAGUGGCUGCAUGACGGGAAACCCCUGGAGGCGGCCAACAGGCUGCGCAUGGUCAACGAGUUCGGAUACUGCAGUCUGGACUACGAAGCGGCGUACGCCAGAGACAGCGGCGUCGUCACCUGCAGAGCCACAAACAAGUACGGGGCGGACCAGACGUCCGCCACGCUGGUGGUGAAGGACGAGAAAGGCCUGGUGGAGGAGACUCAGCUCCCUGAAGGCAGGAAGGGGGCUCAUCGGAUGGACGAGAUGGAGCGCAUGGCUCACGAGGGCGGACCUACAGGUGUCACCACUGAUGACGAGUUUGAGAAGAUCAAACCUGAGAUCGUGCUUCUUCCUGAACCCGCCAGCCUAAAGGAGGGCGACACGGCUCGCUUCCGCUGCAGAGUCACCGGCUACCCAACUCCCAAGGUCAACUGGUACCUCAACGGGCAACUCAUACGCAAAAGCAAAAGAUACAGACUCCGGUACGACGGUAUUUACUUCCUGGAGAUCACAGAAAUCAAAUCCUAUGACUCAGGAGAGGUGAAGGUGACGGCGGAGAACAACCUGGGCGUGGUCGGACACACGGUGAAGCUGGAGAUCGUGGAGAAAGAGGACAACAGGACUCAACUGCGUCGCACCGAGGUGAAACCCGCCGCUGCCCCUGCCGAACUUGGAAAAGCUACAUUCGAGGUUGUUAAGGCUGAGAAACCCUCCGAGGACUCCGCGCUGAAGGAGGUGGUGAAGUUGAAGAAGGCCCAGAGGAAUGUGCACGCUAAAUCCACGGAGGAGUCCGAUGAGCUGCGCGGGAAGUUCAAGCGCCGUACGGAGGAAGGCUACUACGAGUCCAUCACCGCCGUGGAGCUCAAGUCCCGCAAGAAGGAUGAGUCCUACGAGGAUCUGCUGAAGAAGACAAAGGAGGAUCUGUUGCAUCGCGCCAAGGCACAGGAGGAGGCGGCGAAGAAGAAAGCGGAGGAGGAACGUAAAGUGACCGCAAAGCCUCUGAAACCAGAGCGUGUGAAGCUGUCCGCCAGCAUGGAGGCCCCCAGGAUCCUGGAGCGCAUCACCAGCCAGACAGUUUCUCUGGGAGACGAAGUGAAGUUCAGGGUCCGGGUGGUGGGCAGACCAGAGCCUGAGUGCCAGUGGUUCAAGAACGGCGUUCAGCUGGAGAAGACGGAGCGAGUGAACUGGUACUGGCCCGAGGACCAGGUCUGCGAGCUGGUCAUCAGAGACGUACAGCCCGAGGAUUCAGCCAGCAUCAUGGUGAAGGCCAGCAGCCGCGCCGGAGAGACGUCCAGCCACGCCUUCCUACUGGUGCAAGCCAAGCAGGUGAUCAAGUUCACCCAGCCGCUGGAGGAGGUCCAGGCCAAAGAGAAGGAUACCAUGGCCACCUUCGAGUGUGAGACCAACGAGCCCUUCGUCAAAGUCAAAUGGCUGAAGAACAACCAGCAGAUCUUCACCGGAGACAAGUACAGGAUGCACGCCGACAGAAAGGUCCACUUCCUGUCUGUGCUGGUGAUCAGCAUGAAGGACAACGCCGAGUUCUCCUGCAUGAUGAUUGACGACGAAGACGUGAAGACCACCGCAAAGCUCACCGUAGAAGGUGCUCCACUGGAGAUGGUGAAGCAGCUGGAGAGCACCGAGGUCCCAGAGACAUACUCGGCAGAGUUUGAGUGCGUGGUUUCCCGUGAGGACACUGAAGGCAGCUGGUUCUUCGGAGAGAAGGAGAUCUCCGCCAGCAGCAAAUACGUCAUUUCCUCCCGCAGAGGCAGACACAGCCUCUCCGUUAAAGACGUGAAGAAGGAGGACCAAGGCAAAUACUCCUUCAAAACCGGAGAGUUCAAGACCAGCGCCUCCCUGAAAAUGAAACUUCGCCCGAUCACCUUGAUGAAGCCGCUCAGCGACCUGACGGUGUGUGAGGGCGACAUCGCUCAGCUGGAGGUCCGUUUCUCCCAGGAGAACGUGGAGGGCAGCUGGAUGAAGGACGGGAAGUCGGUCACGGCGUCCGACCGCGUCCACGUGGUCGUCGACAAACAGAUCCACAAGCUGCUGAUCGAAGACACCAGCAAGGUUGAUCAUGGGAUGUAUUCCUUCGUGGUCCCUGAUCACGCCAUCUCCACCAGCGCCAAGGUCGUCAUCCAGACGAUCGGCGUGUUGACCCCUCUGAAGGACACGAGUGCAGUUGAAGGCACAAAGGCGGUGCUGGAGACAAAGAUCUCAGCGCAGGACGUUCUCUCUGUGAAGUGGUUCCUGAACGGGAAGCUGCUGACGGCCAGCGAUCGGGUGCAGAUGGUGGCGAAGGGAUCCAAGCAGAGGCUCGUCUUCAACCGGACCUUCGCCUCGGACCAGGGCCAGUACAAGCUGCUGGUGGGCCGGGCCGAGACCAGCUGCCAGUUCACCGUCCAGACCGUGCAGAUCCUGAAGCCGAUCAAAGACCAGGAGUGCUCAGAGUCGGAGAACGUGGUUUUCGACGCAGAAGUUUCUCACGCCGGCAUCGACGCCUUCUGGACCUUCAAGAGGCAGCCUCUGAAGGCCGGGCCGAAACACAAGAUGGAGUCCAAGAACAAGCGUCACACGCUGACCGUCAUGAACUCCAUGAAGGACGAGGAGGGCGAGUACAUGUUCGCCGCCGGGGAGAAGAUGUGCACCGCCAUGCUCACCGUCUCCGGUAACUACAUCUCUUUCUAA